GUAAAAGAAUCUUUGUCAAAGAGUAACCAUGACAUUUUCCCAAGGGAACUUCUUGUAGCAAGUGAGGUACAUUUUCUGCACUGAUUGCAAUUACCUGCUUCAUUAUUAACAACUUGGGCCCUCUGUGCACAGCGAACAGGAAGAUACCAUGAACUCCGAUGUCAGGGAAGGCUCCAGAUGAAUCAAGAUGUCACUCAAUGCACAAAAGACUAUGGAAAAUGAUUCUUCUGUGUCUGAGUUUAUUCUUAUGGGACUGACAGACCAACCUGAGCUCCAGCUGCCCUUAUUUGUUCUGUUCUUGGUGAACUACACAGUCACUGUGAUGGGAAAUUUGAGCUUAAUGAAUCUCAUUUGCCUAAACUCAAACCUUCACACCCCCAUGUACUUUUUCAUCUUCAACCUGUCCUUCAUUGACUUCUGUUAUUCAAUGGUCUUUACCCCCAAAAUGCUGAUGGGCUUUGUUGUAGAGAAGAACAUCAUCUCCUUCAGAGGAUGCAUGACUCAGCUGUUUUUCUUCUUAUUUUUUGUGAACUCUGAGAGUUAUGUGCUGACAGCAAUGGCCUAUGAUCGCUAUGUGGCCAUCUGUCAGCCACUGCUCUACAAAGCUGUUAUGUCACCUGGCAUCUGCUUUCUAUUGAUAUUUUGUACUUAUUUGAUGGGGCUUGUUAGUGCCUUAUUCCAUACAGGUUUUAUGAUAAGGCUCAACUUUUGUGAUUCUAAUGUUAUCAACCACUAUAUGUGUGAUAUCUUCCCUCUCUUUCGGCUCUCCUGCAGUAGCACCUAUCUCACUGAGCUUGUGAGCUCUGCUGUGGUGGGUACAGCUAUUAUCUUAUGUUGCCUCAUUAUCUUAAUCUCUUAUGGUAUGAUCCUUUACAAUAUCAUUCAUAUGUCAUCAGGUAAGGGUUGGUCCAAAGCCUUGGGCACUUGUGGUUCUCACAUUAUAACUGUUAGCUUGUUCUAUGUAACUGGGAUGCUUGCUUAUGUCAAGCCAUCAUCUGCUGAGACUGUGGGACAGGGGAAAAUUUUCUCAGUAUUUUACACUUUUUUGGUGCCCAUGCUGAAUCCUCUUAUUUACAGCCUCAGAAACAAGGAUGUCAAACUUGCUGUGAAAAAAACCUGGAAGAGACUCACAUGUUAAAUUACCCAUUCAAACGUUCCUUAGCUGCAUUCAAUCCAGUUUGAUAAGUCUUUCUCCUAUUCUCUUGUAUUUCUAUUAUAUAUAUUCUGUUAUUAUCUUUGCUUUUGUCCUUCCACUAUAUCAACAUAUCCUUUAUUUCUCUAUGUACAAUGUCUCUAUGUAUAUGUUAGAAUAUGCGACAUCUUUAGAUUCAAUGUGUUUAAGAUGGUGUCAUAUCUACUGCUUCUGUAAGAUUAAGAGCCUUUGCUUUUUACAUUUUAUGCUACCUUCAAAUAAAAAUUCUUACUA